UACGUCAUGGACGAGAAAACGUUGAUUUUGGAGGGUCUACCAGUGGAGUUAGACAUGGUGAGGUCCAAACUUGAGUUGUAUUUCAAAAACAGAAGAAAAUCAGGAGGAGAGGUCCUGCAGAUCCGAGAACAUCCUGAAGACAAGCAAAAAGCCCUUCUUGUCUACACCAAUGAAAAUGAUUUUAAAACCAUUCUUAAAAAAGGAACCCACCAAAUUGAUUUCAAACCUCAAGGAAUCGUUGACCUGACAGUAAAACUCCCAGAAGUUUCACAGAAGUCACAGAAGAAGGAAAAAAAUAAACCUCGUCUGUUAUUUAAACCAAGCCUAAAACCACUGAAAUACGUUCAAGCAGCACAACCCACUGUUGCACAGGGGCUUGGAUCAAACCCUGAGGUGAAGGAGCUUGGAUCAAACCCCGAGGAAGGGAGAGAGCUAGCUGAUAUGAUGGAGAGGAGAACAGCUGACAUACUUCGUGUACAAGAGAACGGGAAUAAGGCUAAGAACAUUAACGGAAAUAAAGAUAACGCAAAUGAAGAAAGCGAGAUUAUAAGGGACCUGAUUGUCAGCACCAUGGAGGAAAUUGAUAAAGAAACUCUCACGAUGUACUUUGAGCAAUUUACAGACCAAGCUGAAAUGAUAAAACAUGGAAAGAACAGCUGGAUUCUCAAAGUAGUCAACCAGUCAGAUGUAUCGAAGAUUCUGGCCCAAAAAGAGCAUGAUUUUGGUGUGUGUGUGGAGGUCUACAAAGAAGCAAGUGGAUCAGAGAACUGGGACCCCCGUCGCUUCAUCCUAACUGGGUUUAAAGAUACAUGCAGUUGCAAGGUCAUCACCGUAUUUAUUGGGAGCUGCAGUCAAAAAGCAGAGAACACCUGGGAGAUUGUAGACGAUGAGAGAAUCGUGGUAACCUUCAAAGAAGAUAUUGAUGUAAAGGCUUUCCUGAACAAGUGUGCUGCCAAGUCAAACAAUCUAAGGGACAUGGAGAUUGGAGUCUCUCGUUUAGAGCUCACAGAUUCCGUUCUGGUUCAGGGGGAUAUGAGCCAAAUUAAUAAAGAUAUGCUCACCCUCUACUUCAGCAACAAGAAUAAGAGUGGUGGAGGUGAGAUCACCUCCCUAAACUGGGUCACUAAGCCAAAGAGUGUGGUCAUAUCCUUUCAAGACUGUCAAGAUGCCCAAGAAGUGAUAAAGAGGAAUCAUGUGCUUUGUAAUAAACAGCUUAGCACUUUGCCCUUUUACUCAAGUCUAGGAAAGUCUCUGACAGGACAAAGACCUACUUUAUCUGAUACAACAAAGAUCAGCAUCCCUGUUGAUAAUGAAGUCCGCAGUUUCAUCGAAAGAAACGAAAAGUGCAAAAAAGACUUUCAGCAGCAGCUCAAGAAGGUUCAGGCUAAUGUCAUUUAUGACAUUUCAUCUACUAGUCAGAUAAUCUUGGAGAUGUCAUUGGACAAAGAGUCUUUAGCUGCAACACGAUUGGGAACAACUUGGGAAAGUAAGGCCAAAACAGAAGCUCAAAGCUUUCUGAGACGGUACCAUAAGGCCGAAUUGGCGGUUAAGGUCGAAAUUUGGAAAAGGAUAGAACGUGAUUGUCUUGAACUUGUAAGCCUUGGUGCUGAAAUCUCCUACGUGGAAACCCAGUGCAAAAUUGCAAUAGUUGGUCUCCGAGAGGUCACCGAUUCUGUCAUGGACAAGAUCAAGCACAUUCUUAAAGAUGCAAGUGCAAAAUUGGAAGUCGAGAGGAACACUGCUGUUAAAGUAAUUCAAUUCAGCUCUGAACAAAAACUGGAGCUGGUUGAAACUUGUGUGCAUCCCAAACUUGCCAAUGUAUUCGUUACAAAAGAUAAAACCACCCUGACGCUUCACCUGAAAGGCUUGAAAGAUAAUGUAAGUGCUGCUGAGAGGGUCAUUAAGCAAGCAAAGGAAAAUGUUGUCUUUCAACGCUUGAACCCGUCAGCACAUAUGCUUCAGUUUCUGAAAUCAUUGCAGCUCAAGAAGUUUGAGCAGAACCACUUCUUUGCCAACCAUACUCCAGCUCUCUUUUACAAGAGUAAUGGACAUUUUGGAAUCCUUGCAGGAAAAGAAAACGUCCAAAAAGCUAAAGAUAUACUUACUAAGAUCCUUAAAGAAGAAAUCAUCCCCCUUGCACCGAAUGUAACCUCAGUGGAUAACAAUCAAAACUGGGUAAACUUUUUAAGUGCGCUCAAAGCUGAUGUAGAUUUAAGCUGUAAUGCAAAGAAUGUUCACAUCAUUCAGUCCGAAGCCCAGAAGCUUGUAAUUUGUGGAUUUGCACAGUUGGUGACAUAUCUUUCACAAAAAGUGAAAGAUUAUCUUCAGAACAAGACACCGGAAACCAUUGACAUCCAUCUCAAAUCUUUGCAAGAAGUAGAGUUUGUUGAGUCUUGUAUGAGCUUUUCGGAGGUUCAAGAACUUCGUAAUCUUGGCCUAUCUAUUCUUCUAUGCAAAUCUCUGAAAUCUCCUUGUCUGAAGAUAACAGCAGCAAAAGAAAAGAUCCAGUCUGCAGCCACUGCUGUACGAAAACAUAUAUCCAGUAUCAUCAUGGAGAAGCAGACUUACUCUAAAGCAGGAGCAUCCAAAGUCAUACAAAAGCACAUAGCUGACAUUAACGCCAAAACAAAGGACUGGGGUUGCAAAGCCUUCAUCAUAAAGGAAUACACUUAUCAAAUAAACAGUCAGAUCAGUUUAACAGUCGCACAGGAUGAUUUGCUAUCUCUUAAAGUCGAUGCUCUUGUCUGUCCGAUGGAUAGCCAGUUGGCCUUCAAUAACCCCAUUGCUCAAAAGUUCCUUCAAGCUGGAGGUCCCAUGAGUCAAUCAUUGUGCAGUGUGUUCAAGAAGGAAAAGCAAACAUUACUCGCUGGUGAGGUGGCCUGCAGUGACUCGGGAAAUCUUAAUGCCAAGACCUUAAUUUAUGCCGGCUUGCCCCAGAGUGACCACUUUUUGCGCUCUCAGUACUUGAACCUGGCUGUUUUUAAUAGCCUUCAAAAAGCAAAUGCUGGCAAUUAUGUCUCUAUUGCGAUGCCAGCGAUGGGCUGUAAAUCCUUUGGAUUCUCUAUUAAAGAAAGUUGUAUGGCAAUCAGGGAAGCAGUGUUGAAAUUCAGCAACGAUCAAAUGACCCAAAAGAAUCUUAGGAACAUAUUUGUGGUGGAUCCUGAUGUAAAUGUGGUGGAGACAUUCAACAAUCUACUUGCUGAACUGGGGUUUUCCGAUGUGCAAACAUCUACCAGUUCCAAAGUCACUACCUUCCAGGAGCCAUUACAAGGUCUUAAUCCUAAGCAAGCAUCAGGCACAGAAGUGAUAGUUCAUGGAGUGCUAGUGACUUUAAAACAAGGAGACAUCUCUAAAGAGAUGGUGGACGUGAUUGUUAAUUCCACCAACUGUACAUUAGAUCUGGGCACAGGUGUGUCUGGUGCAAUUUUGAAAGCAGCUGGGAAACAAGUUGUGGAUGAAUGCAAACAGCACGGUUCUCAGAAAUCAGAUGGGGUGGUGUUGACGAGUGGUGGUAAUCUUUUAUGUAAGCAUAUCGCUCAUAUGGUUGGACCCAGCUGUGCUGCUGAUAUCAAAGCAUCCAUACGGAAGGUUUUGAACCUGUGUGAAAGUAAGAAGGCUGCUACAGUGGCCAUCCCUGCAAUUGGAACCGGGAGAGGUUCUAUCGGAGCAAAUAAAUCCAUUGAGGCAAUUGUUUCUGGAGUGGAAAAACAUCUGAGUUAUUUGCAAUCAUCCUCUCUUAAGAAGAUCACUGUGGUGCCGUUUGAACAGACAGCUUUUGAUGCAUUCAGCAGUUUUUUCAAGGUGAUAAACAACAGGUCCUACUCUGAAACAUCCCAGGCAGCUCAGCAUUCCUUGCCUGCAAAUCAAGUCAAAAUUGCUGGAGUGAGAAUUGAGGUAAAGAAGGGAACUAUCACCAACGAAACUGUCCGAGGCAUCGUCAACACCACCAAUGACCAAAUGAACUUGACAGGAGGAGUUUCAGGGGCCAUUUUCAAAGCGGCUGGUCCCUCUGUUGCACAGGAGUGUCAAUAUCAUGGCCCAAUUCGGAGUGAUACAGUGGCAGUAACCAGUGGUGGAAAUCUGCAAUGUGAUUUUAUCAUUCACAUGAUGGGACCUCACACUUCUGCCGAGGCCAGGUUACGGGUGAAGAAAGCACUGGAGCAGUGUGAGGAAAAGCAGAUCAGCACCAUUUCCUUCCCAGCUGUUGGCACAGGUGGAGGUGGCCUUACGGGUGUGCAGUCUAUUAAUGCGAUGCUACAAGGCUUUAAAGAUCACCUAACACAACGCUGCUUCACUGCCAUUAAACUCAUCUAUGUGGUCGUCAGCCAAGACGAGCUAUUGAAAGAGGUUCUUCAGGGUCUAAAACAGUGGACCUCCGAGGCUCAGGAGGAAAAAGACUUAGAGGACGAGCGAUUAAAAAUCAUCGAGGAAGAUAAAUGGUAUUAUGGCUCAGGUGAAGAAGGAAAAGAAGAUGACUGUAGUGCAAACAUCACAGAUGUGUUAAUCGGACCGGUGAAUGUGAAAGUGCUCUGUGGUGACAUUACAAAGGAGAUGACAGAGGCCAUAGUCAACAGCACUAAUACCAGCCUUAAUCUUAGCUCAGGUGUUUCAGCAGCCAUUCUUGAAGCAGCCGGGCAGACUGUUGUGAAAGAGUGCAAUAAACUGGGCAUCCAACCCGGUGAUGGCGUGGUAAUCACAGGAGCUGGGAAACUUCCAACUAAGAACAUUGUCCACAUGGUUGGGCAGACCAGUGAGAUGGAAAUCACCAGAGUAAUGUAUAAAGUCCUGAAAAAGUGUGAAGAAAACAUGAUUCGGUCUGUUUCAUUUCCAGCUUUAGGAACUGGAGCUGGAAACCUGGCAGCAGCUCAAGUAGCGAACGCCAUGCUCAACGCUGUGUCAAAAUUUACUACUGACUCACCAAGGUUUUUGAAAAGUGUCCAAAUUGUCAUUUUUCAAUCAAACAUGUUGCCUGAUUUUAGCAAUGCGCUAAAGAAUUUCAAGAAAGUCUCACCAAAACCCUUCUCAGUGACCAAUCAAACUUUCACCCCCAACAUCAAACCAACAACGUGCCUUGCUACUGAGACAGCUGCAGUGACAUUUCCGGUCACAACAGUAGCGAUCUAUGGAACCUCCUCUACUGACAUUGCCAAAGUUAAAAAGUUCCUUGAUGAUCUAAUUUCUGAAGAGUGUACCACUGAAGAUGUCGUGUCCAGUCAUCUGGCUAACCUUUCUGAAACUGAAAAGAAGGAGAUCAUGACGCUCAGUCUUAACAACCAAGUUCAUGUUCGAGUGGCUUCCAAGGAGAAGUUAAUAGUUUCAGGGAAAAAGGACGAUGUCUUAGAUGUCGUGAGAAAGAUAGAGAAAAUUGUCCGGGAGGCUCGGGACAGGGAGGUCCAGAAAGGUGAAGAGAAAAGACUGGGUGAGAUAUUGUGCUGGCAGAUAGCUGAAGGAGAGACUUGGCAGUCACUGGGUCCCAGCAUUAGCUACCAACUGGAGCUAGCUUUUCACAAGAAAGUGCAGAGCUUUACUUACCAGGACAAAGGAGAGACGUACACUGUAAACUUUAAGGAGAUGAAAUGCGUAAACACCAAGGGGAGGACCAGUACAGUCAAAAGAACCUUGUUUGGUGAUGCGGACACAGCCAUCAUUCAGCCUCCAGCAACCUGGACCAAAAUGGAUGGGAAGGACCUGGAAAUAGUUACACUGCCUCAAGACUCAGAAGAGUAUAAGAGAAUAAAGCAACAGUUUGAAUGCAGCAGUAAAUACCCUUCUGUAUCUCCCGUCCAAGUUGUGCAGAUUCAGAGAAUACAAAGUCAAUCACAAUGGCAAAAAUACAGCGUGCAGAAGCAAGCAGUGGACAAGAAAUACCCCAAUCAGAAUAACGAGCAGUUUCUCUAUCACGGCACUACUAAAGCUAUCUGUGAAAAGAUCAAUAAAAAUGGAUUCAAUAGAAGCUUUUGUGGGAGGAACGCGGUUGUUCAUGGCGAUGGAACCUACUUUGCAAAAGAGUCUUGGUACUCCUGCCAGGAUCAGUACUCGAACCCAGACAGGAACGGACUGAAGUACAUUUACAGGGCCAGAGUUGUGACCGGGUUACCAUGUCGGAGUCGAAGUGGAAUGAAGGAACCAGAUCCUUUGGAUCCAAAUGAUCCCCAGGCUGGUUUGUAUGACUGUGCUGUGGACAACCUGCAUAAUCCAUUCAUCUUUGUGGUGUUCUUUGAUGCAGGGGCUUACCCUGACUAUCUUAUUACCUUCAAGAAUGUAUACUAGUUAACUAGUUUGACUUGUUUGGACUAUUUGUAACACUUCCAGCAAUA